GACCUGCAGCUGUACCUCUCCAACCUGGCUAACCAGAUCGACCGGGAGACGGGCACGGCGGACGUGCCGCUGGUGAUCCUCCUGGACGACCUCAGCGAGGCGGGCUCCAUCAGCGAGCUCGUCAACGGCGCGCUCACCUGCAAGUACCACAAAUGCCCCUACAUCAUUGGGACCACCAACCAGCCUGUGAAGAUGACCCCAAACCAUGGUCUCCAUCUCAGCUUCAGGAUGCUGACCUUCUCGAACAACGUGGAGCCGGCCAACGGCUUCCUGGUGCGCUACCUGCGGCGGAAGCUGCUGGAGUCGGACACAGACGUCAAUGCCAACAAGGAAGAGCUGCUGCGUGUGCUGGACUGGGUGCCCAAGCUCUGGUACCACUUGCACACCUUCCUGGAGAAACACAGCACCUCUGACUUCCUCAUCGGUCCCUGCUUCUUCCUGUCCUGCCCCAUUGGAAUUGAGGAUUUCCGGACCUGGUUCAUCGACCUGUGGAACAACUCCAUCAUCCCUUACCUGCAGGAGGGGGCAAAAGAUGGGCUCAAGGUCCAUGGGCAGAAGGCAGCCUGGGAGGACCCCGUGGAGUGGGUGCGGGACACCCUGCCCUGGCCGUCAGCGCAGCAGGAUCAGUCCAAGCUCUACCACCUGCCCCCACCCACCAUCGGGCCCCACAGCACCGUUUCCCCUCCUGAGGAGCGCACCGUCAAAGACACGACGCCCAGCUCCCUGGACUCGGACCCUCUGAUGGCCAUGCUGCUGAAGCUCCAGGAAGCCGCCAACUACAUCGAGUCUCCAGACCGUGAGACCAUGGUGGAUCCCGACUUGCAGUCGACUCUGUGAGGCCCGGACAUGCCGGCCCAGGCGGAGGGGAGCCACCGCCAGCCACUGCUCCUGCCAGGCUGCUCUCCUUUCCCUUUGGUAUCCCGGAGCGCAGGGCUGGCAAGCGAGUGGAGAGGACCGGGGCUCUGGCGCAUCCCAGCGGAGCAAGGGGAAUCUCGGCUCAGCCGUGGGAGAGCGCGAGGUGCCG